GUCGUGGUGGGGAGACGCGCUGCCUGUCCACGAGGAUCCAGGGCCUGGAGGAGGAGCCGAGGGGCCCGUUGGUUGCCAGCGAGGUGCCGGGACCCCAGUCCUUGGAGCUGUACCGCGAGCUCAAUGGCAUCCAACAAGCCGGUUCGGUUCAGUUGUUCGCCGAUUACGAGAAAUCGGCCGGCAAUUACCUGGCCGACGUCGACGGCAACCUUCUCCUCGACCUCUACAUGCAGAUAUCGUCGAUGCCCCUCGGGUACAAUCACCCGGCUAUGCUCCACGCGCUCAAGGAUCCCUACAAUCAGAAAAUGAUAGCCAAUCGACCUGCCCUCGGGGUGUUUCCCAAUCGGGAUUGGCCGGAAAAAAUGAAAAAAGUUUUGCUCAGGAAAGGAGUGGCACCACCCGGUUUCUCGCACAUAACGACGAUGAUGUGCGGCUCCUGCUCGAACGAGAACUCGUUCAAAAACAUAUUCAUCUGGUACGCCGACAAGCAGAGACACGGGGCUCCGUUUACCAAGCAAGAGAUCGAAAGCUGCAUGUUCAACCAAGUGCCCGGCUCGCCCCGAUACUCCAUCAUGUCCUUCGAGGGGGCUUUUCACGGGCGGACCCUCGGCUCUCUGUCGACGACCCACAGCAAGUACAUCCACAAGAUCGACGUGCCGUCUUUCGACUGGCCGAUCGCGUCGUUUCCGCGCUACAAGUAUCCGCUCGACAGUAACGAGCGAGAAAACAAACAGGAGGACGAGCGCUGCUUGGCCAAG